AUAUAAUUUUUAUCCCCACAUUCUUGAUGUUUUGAAUCUUCUAAACCAAAGGAAAGCAGUGAUUACAGUAACAGUGAACCAGAGAUGAACCACUUAAUUAUAACGAUGAAAGAAAAAUAAGUAAAGCUUGCAAUAUCUUAAAUCUGAAUUUUUAUAAAUAAAUGAAAUUAUGACCAUUUUUUAUUGUAAACUUACAUGUGGAAGUCUAAAAAACACGCAGACGGGUGCUUUUGUUGUAAAUCACAAACCAGACAAGGUACGGCAGUAGGUACUAGGGACCAAUGGAGAUUAUAGUAUAGAAUAAACAUUAAAUAAACUGUGGUAUUUAUCAUUUUAAUGACGUGAAAUCACAUUUAUCCCAAAAUAAUUGUAAUUUAUUUUUUAAAAUUCUUUUACAAAAUGACGCCAUACACUCAAAAAAAGUAGAACUUGGCAACCCUGGUCGUUUGUUAGGAAGGAUUCCAAACAAUUCCAAAUCACCCCACUAGGCGCGCCACUCCUCAAUGUUAUUGUCGAAUAUUGUUUUUUUUUUAUUAAGUUGAAGAACCGGCGAUUCAGUGCGUAGUUGUAGUUGUUCGUUGUUCAAGGGUUCAAGUAGAACAAAGCGUUCCAGUCAGCAAAAGAAGUAAAUUAUUUAAAGCCUUAAAGUCAGCAAUAAUAAGUUUCGUUUAAUUUUAAACGCGAAAGAAGAAGCAUUUAAAUACAUACAAGCCAAAAUGUCGUUAAUACCUUGGCAUACAGCUGGUCCAUCAAGAGCCCUUUUAGAUCCAUAUUUUGGUCUUCGUUUGGAUGACAAAUUUUUGAAUCCUGCAGCACUACCACCUUGGGAAACACGUGCACCAUGGCAUGGAAGAUUAAGGAGACCAUCACCAUUGAUACCUUGGCAUACAUCUGGUCCAUCAAGAGCACUUGAUCCAUAUUUUGGUCUCCGUUUGAGCGAUGAAAAUCUUCUGGACCCUCUAACAAUGGCUCCAUGGGAGAGAUCCUACAGCUGGGACACCCUUCUAUCUACUGAUGCUGCAUCCAUCAAGGAGAACAAAGAUAAGUUUGAAGUGAAUGUUGAUGUCCAACACUUCUUGCCUCAUGAAAUUAAGGUCACAUCAUCUGGAAAUAUGCUGACUGUUGAAGGUAAACAUGAAGAAAAACCUGAUGAACAUGGAUCAAUUUCAAGGCACUUUGUGAGGAAGUAUGUUCUCCCAGAAGAUCACGAUCCUAAUCAUAUCCAGUCACACAUAUCCUCAGAUGGUGUUUUGACCAUUACUGCACCAAAGAUAUCUACUGAUGGUACUAUUCCACGAGCUAUACCAAUUCAACACACAGGCAAACCAAAAAAAGCCAUCAAGCACCACAAGUAAAAAUGUGGAAAAAACAUAUUAUUCGUUAAUCAUUUAGUGUUAGAAUCUUUUUUACUUAAAAUUUCUUACAUUGAUGGUAUCACCUGGAACAGGUUGCAAAGUUAA